UUAAGAGUUGAGCCUCAACCGCAGGGUUGCUAGGGAUAAAACGAAGGAAAACGGGUUUGGUUUUCAAUUUUCAGAGUUUUCUCCGAACGACAAACAACAAGUCACACACUUCCAUGGCAAGAGAUGGUUGCCUCGCACGUGUCACAGCCGGCGCCGCCAUGGGUGGUGCUGUCGGCGGCGCCGUCGGUGCUGUGUAUGGAACAUAUGAAGCUAUUAGGUAUAAGGUACCUGGACUUUUGAAAAUUAGGCAUAUUGGACAAACUACACUUGGAAGUGCUGCUAUUUUUGGUCUUUUCUUGGGUGCUGGAAGCUUGAUACAUUGUGGGAAAUCAUACUGAGCAUAAAGAUUUGUCCUCUCACUUACUUACAGAGCUUUGGUUGCUGCCCUUGUAAAGUAUGAGUAGAGCAGGGAUUUACUGUGUUUUUUUUUUUUUUCUGGAUCUUGGAAAAGGCUUCAUGGCACUUCUCCUUUAGUAUGAAAUUUCUCAUUUUUUUACCCUGGAAAGUACUGUUGAAAUUUCUAUGUGGGGGCUUUCCUUUUACUUUUGAUUCCUCUCCUUUCAUGUUGAGACAGUAAAUUGCAUUUGCAAUAAAAGGAAUGCAUGUGUGUGUGUUGA